CAUGAAGCAGAGGGAUUAAGCGAGUAGACUGCAGCAAUGGCUGACACUUUACGAAGACUGGUGAACACAUCUCCCUACACUGUUUUGCAGGACAAACUGGAAGCCUGGUACAAAGACUACUCUGUGUUCUCUUGUGACCAGAACCUGAAUCGCUGCUGUGAGCUGGUGGAGCUCACUUCUGAAAUUCAGGGUCAAUUGUUUACCAUACACAACCUUACAGCACAAGAGGGGGGACAUUAUACAGGGGUUGAAACACUGAAAUCUCGCCUCUUACCAUGGCUUGGCUCCUGCUUCACCAUAGCAGCUUCAUCCGUCUCAACAGAUACCAGCCUCAGCCUCAUUCAGGAGUCUGUGGAAAAAGAUCGGAAGAUUCGUGAACUGUCCUCUGCUCAUGAGAGUGACAUGCAGAAAAUAGAAGAUCAGCUGUGCUCCACACGUAUCAAGUUGGAUUCAGUUAAACACGAGCUUGCUGACACUCAGAUUGAACUGGAUUCCACAAAGAAUAAAUCAGCAACCACCCUGUUGGCCACAGAGGAUGAAAUACUUCAUCUAAAGGCAGAGUUGCAAGCAGCUCAAAAUCAGGUUGAUAUGUAUAAGAGAAAGCUGGAUGACUAUGAGAGGCAGCUCAGAAUCCUGCAAGAUGAGGUCUCUUUCCUCACUGCUGAGAAAACCGUGCUCCAGGAGCGAUUGAUCAGGAGCCGUUCACCUAGUCCUCUUCUCCACCGGAGUCGCUCUGAUAGCCCUGUGUCUCCUACACGCGCCCAGCUCACCAGCUCCUCCCGGUAUGCCCGCUUGGUCUCCCGUUUCUCAGACCUGUAUGCCACAGAGAGGCUGGAAUCCCAGAGUCUCCUGCGCAAGUACAUAGAUGACCUGGAAACAGUCCAGAAGAUCAUUUUCAUUGCUGUUAUAGAAUCAUUCCAGGCUGCUAAACUGGCCUAUCGGCAAUUUAAAAUACGUGUGAGAAAGACACUUUCCUCCACUCACAUUGGUCCUGAGAGCCUGGAGGAUGCAGUGGUGGAUUACAUAGUGAGAAAUCUGGACCUGUAUGAUGUGCAGACCAGUGUUAAUGACGUGAUCAAUGCGAUGAACGUGAACCCACGCAUCUCUUUCCCUCCGGAGGUGGACUUUGUUCUGAUCAGCAGCUUCGUUAGGGAAGCGUGUCGAAUAGCCUUUGCCAUGCAAACUCUGGACCCACCACUAGACCUGGCCUUCAGCUCGGAUGGAGAACUCUACAGUGAUGUGAAGUACAGGCGGAGUUUUGACUCUGAGUUUACAGCCCACGUGUGGCCUGCACUGGUGGAGGGCAACACUGUCAUACUGAAGGGAGAAGCCGUCACUAGGAGAGGAGCUCUGUGGAGAAGCCGGAGCUGUUGCUCCAGUCCUGUUCGUUCUCAAUCUCGCUCAGGAAGCCCCACCCUGUCAUUUAUGCCCAGUCAUAGUCGAAGUCCCUCUCCUGGACGUCUCUCAAGUAGUCUACUUUAA